AUGGGCUGUCAAGUGUCAUCCGAUGGCCAAUUUGAGCGCUCCGAUUUCGAUAAAAUGUGGAAGAAAAUGAAUUCGAGUGAGCACGAAGCGCCGAGAAAACGCGAAAAAAUUGAAGAGAGAGCUUGGAAGAUUGUUCGAAUUCUGCUCAUCACCACAUUCAAAGAUUUUCGGAACGAAAGACGAGCGGUGCUGAACAUGAUCGAGUCCGAACUACAGCCGAUCGCGAACGAGAAGCGAAUCGUGUUGCAAUUGGAGGAUUUCAAUUUUGGCUCGAAAGCCUACUACGAGGAGGCGAACAGCGUGUAUUUGAUUGAGAAAUGCGCGAGAGAAGCGGCGAAAUGCGCCGAUUACAUUUAUAUCCACUUUUUGGGCGAAUGCGCCGGCUACAUCAUCGACGAGACGUUUCCCGAUCAGCAAUUUCUCGCCGCCCAUCGAAUCAGUGGCGGCCAAUCGCUGAACGAGGUGUUCCUUCAAAUCGCCGGCAUUCGACAUGAAAAUGCGCUAUUCCUUCAUCGCAACCCGUCGUUCCUUCAAGAGCUUCCAUUCAACAGCACCACGUUCAUCGAUCCGCUAGCGAAUCGAGAACGCGCCAACUAUCUAGCCGAGAUGGUCCGAAAGAGUGUGGUGAGUUGUUGUCCGCGCAAAUUCGUCGAAUACUCGGUUCGGACGUCGGGAAUCAAUAACACCCAUUAUAAGCAUAUCGUGUUCGAGAAUCUCGAUGGAGCGUUGGAGGCGAUUCGCGAGACAAUCGAUGAGGUCCUUGAUAGCAUCGCCUACCCGACAGCCGACGUGGUCCCAACGAGCGCGACGCUUCGCAUGAGCUACUUGAGCUCGCUGAAAUGCGACGAGUCGUUUGUUGAAAAGGUUGACCUCGACAAUUGUCCGCAGCUGACAAUUCACAUAUGUCCGUUUUGGCAGACGAUCGCGCGCCUCGACAAUUUCAACAUUGUGAUCGUCGUCGGCGACUACGGCAGCGGCAAAUCGGCGCUGCUCGCCGCGAUUCACCGACGACUCGGAAGCGUGUGUCGGAUAGCGAUUCGCGAGACGAUGACGAUGGCCGACGUUCGACGCGACAUCGACGCGAAACUGAAAGUAACGAUCACCGAUUGCGAUGAGGCGACGACGACGACGACGACGACGUUGCUCAUCGACGAUUUGCAUUUGCUCGGCAAACACGCCGACGGCAUUCUCGUCGAUUUUGGCCAUUUGCGAAUUGUGGCGAGUUCGCGAAAGAAGCCGCCGGCGAAGUUUGAGUCGCUGAUGAUUCCGCCGCUCGACACGACUACAGAGCAUCUCGAGGUGUGCGGCACCGCGCGUGCCAACAACAUUUUGAAGUUGUCGCAACAGAAGCGGCGAAAGAGCGUCGGAAGUGUGGAGACGGGCAACAUCGACGAGACUCGCGGCGGCUGGAAUUAUUUGAAAUGUCGAGUGAUCGGACGAUUGGCGAGGAAUGGGUGCGGCGAUGAGAAGUGCGCCCAAUUGGCGCAAUUGGCGACGAUCAGUGUCGUCGAGGCCGAUGUUUGUCUGAUGGAAUCGGAAGCGAGAGGUCAUUUGAUCAUCGCCACCAUGUGCUUUCUCACGUGCGUUCCCGAUGGUCUCAAUGAGGUCGAGCUUCGCUCGCUGCUCGCCGAUGAGUUCGAGUUGUUGCCGAUUGCGAUUCGACGCAAUUUGCGCAAUUUGCCGUAUGAGUAUUGCGCGGAUGAUUUCGGCGCGAUUCCGCAAGUGGCGCCACUCCGCUGGUACACCGUCGUCUCGCGCCUCGACCACAUCCUCAUAUGCAUCGACGCCGACACGAAUCAUUUCAUUCUGCCGGCAGCAUGUCAGCGAAUCGUUCGCAAGAGAUACCUCAAAAGCUCGGCGAAUCUCGAGCACUUCACGAGGAGACUUCGCGAGCGUCUCGUCGCCGAUCGACACCGGCCAUGGAUGAAGCAUCGAUGGCGGGAGAUCGACAAGCAGCUGUCAAAAUCUUGA